CGCUCUUCGUCGUCACCUCCUCAAUCUUUCCAAAUAUGGAUCGUGUUCACAAUGUGCUCCUCGCAGCCCAAUAUCUUCUGUUUCUGCUAGUUCUGAAAGUUUCAAUUACUGCAAUCUACAACAUCUAUUUCCAUCCUUUAAGUAAAUAUCCCGGCCCGAAGCUUGCAGUCGCAAGUCGCUCCUUCUGGUCCCUUCUCGUUAUAAGUGGCUAUCAACCGCAAUGGAUCCACAAACAGCACGAGAUCUAUGGUGAAGUUGUACGCGUAGGGCCUGACCGACUAUGUUACAUCAACCCACAAGCCUGGAAAGACAUCUACGGCCAUCGUACAGGUGGGCGCCCGGAAAACCAAAAAGAUCGACGCUUUACCGAGACAGAGGUCAACGGUGAGGACAGCGUCCUAUCUACGCCAGAUGUUGCGACUCAUGGACGUGUGCGAAGACUCUUCGCCAAUGCCUUUAGCGAGAGGGCAUUGAAAUUACAAGAGCCUUUGAUUAGAAAAUAUGUUGAUCAGCUUAUCGAAGCGAUCUCCCGGUCGACCAAAGAAAACAAGGACUCUGGUAUGGACAUGGUCAAGCUAUUCAAUUGCUGCACCUUCGACAUCAUGGCCGAUCUUACGUUCGGUGAGCCACUCGGGAUGCUCACGGAGUCUGAGUACACUCCAUGGGUGAAGAAGGUCUUCGCGAGCAUAAAGAUCGGAGCAUUUUUCAUGUUGCGCAACGAAUACCCUCUUUUGAAACCCAUUAUAGAAGGGCUACUACCCACGUCACUCCGCAACAAGCGGAAAGCGCACUUCGAACACUCAGCCGAGCGAGUAGAUCGACGUCUUGCGGCCGGAAACCCAGAGGGUAAAGCAGACAUCUGGAGCCUCGUUCUCGAGAAGGGGAAGGAUCUGGUCAGCCUCGGCCAGAUGCAUGCAAACGCAUCACUUUUCAUGGUGGCAGGCACCGAGACAACGGCAACAAUGCUCAGUGGACUUACCUACCACCUCCUGAAGGAUACAGAUAAGCUGAAAAAAGUUGCCGACGAGGUGCGAGCGCUUUCUGAGGAAGAUCUUUCACUGGAACGGCUGCCCCAACUACCCUAUCUGAACGCAUGUUUCGAAGAAGCCCUCCGCGUCUACCCUCCAGUGCCCAUCGGUUUACCUCGUGUCACUCCAAAAGAGGGUACUGAAAUCUGCGGAAAAUGGGUCCCUGGAAACACCCGCGUCACGGUUACACAGUGGGCCUCAAAUCAUUCUCCUUUGAACUUUAGGGAUCCUGAUUCGUUCCGUCCCGAGCGAUGGCUCCCGGAUAGCGGUUAUGACACGGACAACAAGGGCGCAAUGCAGCCCUUCUCCUAUGGACCACGCAACUGCCUAGGCAAGAACCUGGCAUAUCACGAGAUGCGGAUCAUCUUUGCAAAAGUAAUGUGGAAUUUUGAUCUUGAGUUGUGUCAGGGGAGUGAUGGAUGGCCAGAUCAGAAGGCGUGGAACCUUUGGGACAAACCGCAGCUUUUGUGCAAAGCCAGGUCCAUUCGUUAAUGCUGGAGCUUGUAUUGAUCGUGUUAGCCUUAAGUACUGCGACAAACCCGUAGUAGUGUGCUGUUAGCCGCAAUGUACCUGCGAUAAAAGUUAGGAGUAGCUUAAGUCUAAGAAGCCUUAAGCAGUAUAAAAUACUACUCUAUCAAGUGCUAUAGUACUAUAUAAU